AUGGCUCAAGCGCUUUUGCUCUUAUGUUGUUAUCUAAUUCGGGACGAUUUCGGCCCAAUUAUUGAGGAAGUAGCCAAGGUAUUAUUACAAAAAGGUCGACUUCCAUUAGUAUCCAUAUCUAAAUUUUCAAAACAAAAUUUAUCCAAAACUCGCGAAUGUCUCUUCGUACUAAUUCAACACAAUCUGGUAUAUUGGGCUGAAACUAGAGAAGGAUCACGUAAUUCGAUUCAUUAUUCUAUUGAACAAAGUGAGAUUUUAGCGAGACUUAAUUUCGGAAUUUAUGUAAAAUAUGCGAAUGAAUGGGCUAGGCAUAGGGGGGCUGAUGAAAUAACUCAUUAUAUGCUGUUAACUGGUAAAGGAACGUUCACAGGAUUUAUCGAAGAUCGAAACAUAUCAAAGAGAACAAAUAAAUUCAAAGAGUUGAAAGAGACGUUUAAUAAAAUGGUUGAAAAACGUUAUCUUACACCAGUAAAAAUAACAGAUUCAAAGUCUGCUCAGGAUAAAGCAUCAGAGGCUGAACAACGCGAAUUAGCAAAAGUCACUAACUUUAUUCCUACAAAAAAACAAAUGGCUGAAGUGAAAGCUAAACUCGCGGCUGUAGCCGAUGAUGACAACGUUUCGACAGGAUCGCAACAAAAAGGAGAAGAUUCAGUUGAUGAAAAUCAAUAUUUUCGCGUGAACUAUGAAAAAUUUAAUGCUAAAUCGAGAAAUAGGCAAAUUGUUGAGUUUGUAAAAACUCGUAUUAAUCAAUCAGCAAGUAUUAUAACAAAAGUUAUCCUUGACAUCGCAGACGAUGAGAAACCAAGCGAUAUCGAAUCACGCGCAAUAUCAGCACAAAGAAUUAUUAGGAGUGUCCCAGUCGAAAAGACUGAUUUAUUUAAUCAGCAGAUGCAAAGUGCGAGAAGAGGAGUAACUCGUGAAAUUUUAAUCAAACAAUAUUUAGAUUAUCUUAUGGAAAAUGAUGAUGCAAAUAUCUUACGAAAGAAAGAUGAAAAUACGGGUGGAAUGUAUACCUUUCGAUAUCAUGAAGUUUGUGAAUCAUUGAAAAAAGAAAUUUUUGAGGAUGUUAUUAUGGAAAAAUAUGGGUUUAAGGGAUUGAGAAUUGUUAGAAUAUUAAGUGAAAAGGGCAAAUUAGAUGAAAAGGCGAUUAUUAAUUUAGCUUUAAUGAAUCCUUUGGAAGUUCGCCAAAAGUUGACAGAACUAAUGAUGGGAGGCUUUUUACAAAUACAAGAAGUUCCAAGAUCAGCAGAUCGAGCACCCUCAAGAACAUUUUAUCUAUGGGAUGUAGAUUAUAAAAGGUGCUAUGAUGCAUUAUUGAAUUAUUAUUAUCGUACACUGGCUAAUAUACACCAAGUGAGAUUUGAUUAUGAAUCAGGUUCAUCAAGGCUCUUAGAAAAGAAGGAAAAAGAGGACGCAUUAAGACAAUUAAAUAGGAGUUCCAAUAUUCAAUUGUUGAAUGAAAUCGAAAGGAAGAAAUUACAGGAAUUGGAACAAAUAUUAACUCAACUGGAUACUGUACAACUGAGAAUUAUACAAAAUGUUAUGUUGUUUAGAAAAUAUAAAUGA